AUGUCUAACAACACUACAUUCAUCAACGCGAUUCAGUACAAGCCAGGUCGCGAUCGUCCGACUGGCUAUGUAGUCAACGAUUUCGAAUCGUUUGCGGACACUAGCUUAGUGACCUAUUGGCGUACUUACAAGGGAAAAGUCGCCAACUACAAUCACGAUACCGACGUUGCCACCGUUGUCAAUGUCAGCAAUGCAAUUGACCUGAUUGAGAACAACGAAAACGCCAUGGAUCAGAUCAUCUGGGGUAUGACCCACCCAGAGGACAUUCAUCCCGGCGUUGCAUCCAUCGUCGGCAACACUGCCCUCGUCGACCUGCUCCUAGUUCGUCACUACAAGAAGUGGGGCGGCCUCAUUCUUCCUCCCCUUCAAGCAGCGCGAGGACUACAAGAUGCUCACGAAGUUGUCGCCAAUCAAGAGAAGGAUCAAGGACUCCAGUGGAAUGGUGGCCGCUCCUUGAUGAAGUACCCGAACUGGCGUAACACUCGUAGAAAAGCUCCUCCUCCUGGCUUCCAGGCACCGAAUGCAGCUCCUACGAAUGCCCCUGGUCCUCGUGGCGAUGCUGGUCGUGGACGAGGCGGAAAUCGCGGUCGUGGCGGGCUCGGUGGUGGCUACUAG